AUGCCAAUUGCCAGCGACAAUGACGUUGUUAUUUGUGGAGCCGUGAGAACGCCGCUUCAGCGAGCAUACAAGGGAAAAUUUAAAGAGCUCCACCCAGAGGAUUUGCUUGCUGCUGCUCUUAAGGGGCUCGUGCGGAAAACAGGGAUCAAUCCGAACGCUAUCCAGGACAUCGCCGUAGGUACUGUGCUUACACCAGGGGGCGGUGCAACUGCAGCACGUAUGGCAGCAUUUUCCGCCGGCUUCCCGGAAACAUGCAGCAUUAUGACGGUCAAUAGACAGUGUUCUUCUGGACUUCAGGCGAUCGCUGCAAUUGCGUCUUCCAUCACCAGUGGCCAGAUUGACAUUGGGAUUGGCGCAGGCAUGGAAUCGAUGAGCAGAAACUAUGGCGAUUUUUCUUCGCUUUCCUUCUCCACAGACGUGAUGAAUAGCUGCGAUCAGGCCUCUGAUUGCUUGAUGCCGAUGGGCGAAACUGCAGAGAUUGUUGCAGAAAGCUUUGGCGUCGAUAGGCAAGCUCAGGAUCGGUUUUCGCUCUGUUCACACCAAAAGGCAGCCCGUGCGCAACAACAAGGGCUUUUUGCAGAAGAGAUCAUACCCAUCGACAAUGUCACGGAUGAUGACGGGAUCCGUCUGCAGGCAACGAUCGAAUCGCUCUCUGCAUUGAAACCGGCAUUCAGGCCUCCGCCUUUGGGCACAGCAACAGCAGGAAAUUCAUCCCAGAUCACAGAUGGUGCGGCAGCGGUACUUUUGGCGCGUCGCUCGACUGCUCGCGCACUAGGCCUUGUCAUUUUGGCACGCUUUUGUUCGUACGCAGUCGUGGGCGUCCCUCCACGAGUGAUGGGCGUCGGACCAGCGUACGCAAUUCCGGUUGCCGUUAAGCGGGCCUCGCUAACGCUACAAGAUAUCGGAAUCUUUGAAAUCAAUGAGGCAUUUGCCUCUCAGAUCCUCUACUGCAUCCGCGAGCUCAAGAUAGACCCAGAGAGAGUAAACCCAAAAGGUGGGGCUAUCGCAUUUGGCCACCCAUUGGGCGCAACGGGCGCACGCCAAAUGGCAACAUUGCUGCCAGAAAUGCGGCGCCAAGGCGCACGCUAUGGCGUAAUUAGCAUGUGCAUAGGCACGGGCAUGGGUGCAGCCGCGGUUAUUGCUCUCGAGCCUGCCACAUCGCGUCUUUGA